CAUUCCUAGAAUUCCUCCCUAAUACCCGGUGGGAGUGCCGUUCUACCAGCUGAGGUUCUGAUUACGGUGUCACUUUGCAUACUUUUGUAUGACAGCUCUCGCUUUGCCACCCUAAGGUAACCUGAGUCCGCGUCGAUGGUUCAUUCCUGGCGGAUUCUGGUCAGAACGAGGCGCCUCCUGAACGCGCUUAUCAUCUAUGCUGUGAACCGGUGUUUGCUGACGCUGUCAAUUGAGAUUGUGGAGCUCGUCAUGAUCAUUUUUCGCCAAGAUGCAUUGGCAAUGGGAUUCUCCUUCAUCAUUGGAAAGUUAUACACCAACUCGGCUCUAGCAUCGCUGAACACCCGGGAAUAUCUUCGAUCCCUGGGUUCAAGCUCAGGCAUUGCGCCCGAUCUACGCAUGAGUACUAUCCGCCUUGCGAACCUGCCGAAGCCUUCGGGAAACGUGAAGGAUUCAAAGAAUGGAGACAGGCAUUUCAAGGCACGCGAAGCAACUGUUAUGGAUAUCACUGUAGUUGCUACACUUGAUAAGACUACGACAUUGUGAAGAGAAGCAGAGCUGUGGUACUAGUGGUUUCAUCCUGUAUCUGCCAUUGCCUUUUUCUUUCGCCACGAGGUCAAUCAGUGUAGUACUGGUACGAAAU